UGUAAAGUAGGUGUCCGGAAAAAUCGCCGGAAUAAAAAUCCUGGGUCCUUCAGGCAGCCCCGUGGCACACUGGAACCGAGAGCUGUCACUUGGUUCGGAAUUUCAUUCAUUGUUCCUGGUUCCUGUUGAAGCAGAUUUCAGGAAUUACUUUCCAUCAUGUUCGAGGAAGCGAGCGAGGUGUUCGAGAAUAUGCUGAAAUCGUCCUUUCCGCUGACGAUCUUCGUGUUCCUGCCCGCGGUGUUGAUCCUGGUGUCUCCUCUCCCGGCUGAAGCGGCGCAUGAGUUCACGGUGUACCGCAUGCAGCAAUAUGACCUACAGGGACAGAACUACGGAUCAAGGAAUGCGAUUUUAAACACAGAGGCCCGUACGGUAGAGGCGGAGGUGCUAAGCCGUCGCUGCGUGAUGAUGCGACUGGCUGAUUUCUCCUAUGAGAAAUACCAGAAGGCUCUCCGGCAGUCCGCGGGGGCCGUCGUCAUUAUUCUCCCCAAGAACAUGUCCACGAUGCCGCAGGACAUCAUGCAACAGUUCAUGGAGCUGGAGCCAGAGCUGAUGGCCACAGAGACCAUCGUUCCCGUUUACUUUGCUCUGGAGGAUGAUGAACUGCUGUCUAUUUACACCCAGACGCAGGUCUCCUCUGCUUCACAGGGUUCCACCUCUGCGGCUGAAGUGCUGCUACACUCCGCCACCGCAAACGGGUUUCAAAUGGUGACAAGCGGAGCGCAGAGUAAAGCUGUGAGUGAUUGGGCCAUCACCAGCCUUGAGGGUAAAUUAGCAGGAGCGGGAGGAGAAGAUCUGCCCACCAUCGUCCUUGUGGCCCACUAUGACUCUUUUGGAGUGGCUCCGUGGUUGUCGUACGGUGCCGACUCCAACGGCAGUGGCGUGGCUGUUCUCCUGGAGCUGGCUCGACUCUUCUCCAGACUCUACUCCCACAAACGGACUCAUGCUGGGUAUAAUCUGCUGUUUUUUCUGUCUGGAGGAGGCAAGUUUAACUAUCAGGGAACUAAAAGGUGGCUAGAAGAUAAUUUGGACCACACAGAAUCCAGUCUCCUGCAGGAUAAUGUGGCAUUUGUCUUGUGUUUGGACACACUGGGGAACGGGGACAAUCUUUACCUGCACGUGUCUAAACCUCCCAAAGAGGGCACUCCUCAGCACGCUCUCCUCCGAGAGUUGCAAACGAUUGUAUCUGAGCAGUACCUGGAGCUGAAGUUUUCCAUGGUGCAUAAGAAGAUUAACCUGGCCGACGACACCUUGGCGUGGGAACACGAGCGCUUCGGGAUCCGCCGCCUUCCCGCCUUCACGCUCUCGCACCUGGAGACCCACCGCAGCUCCAUGCGUAACUCCAUCAUGGACAUGCGGACUCAUGUGGACCUGAAAAAGCUUAGCAGGAACACUAAACUGAUCGCAGAGGCUCUAGCACGAGUCGUUUACAACUUGACUGAGAAGGGCACAAAUGGAGAUCUGGAGAUCUUCACAGAGCAGAUGGUGCAGGAGGAUCAACUGCUCUCGCUGGUCAACUGGUUGAGCGCUCAGCCUCGAGCCGCCCAGCUGGUGGACAAAGACAGCAGCGUGGUCAGCACCCUGGAAUAUUACCUCGGCCGCUACCUCAAAGACGUCAGGCGACAUUUCGUCAAAGCCGACAAGAGGGAUCCUGAGUUCGUCUUCUAUGAUCAGCUGAAACAGACUAUGAACGCGUACAGAGUAAAACCAGCCAUCUUCGACCUGAUUCUGGCACUGUGCAUUGCUGCAUAUCUCGGCGUAGUGUACUUGGCUGUACAGCAUUUUGGAAUUUUGUACAGCAUUCUUCGCCGGGUCACGGCACCUCGAGUCAAGCAGCAUUAACACCGCUAAAGCUCUCUUCAUCCCUGCAAUAUGAGGGACUCCUGCAGUCUCACCAUGGAGCCAAGAGUGUGUUUGUUUUUUUUAUUUUAUUUUCCUUUUCUUUUUUUUUCCCCCAGGAAAAUGGGAUUACGUUUUCCUCGUCAUGUUUGUUGUGUGUGCGCGAUUGCUUGCUCGUCCUUCUCAGUCCAGGGACAGCUUUUUUUACAGUCUUCCUUCCUGUCUAACACUGCCUCACUCCCCUCUUCCUCGGUCUGAAGCUAGUGAGAUCUCUGCCAAGUAACAGUGAGUCGUCUUCUUGGGCAGCUAAAGUCAAAAUGGGCCAAAACCCAGCUUAGUGUUAGCUAGUUGGAGAAAUCUAGUCAGUUUGGAAACUGUUCAGAUGUGACGCUUCAUUUCAGUCCAGAAUUUCGUUUACCAUUUUUGAUUCAGAUUGAUAGACGUAUUCAUCUUGAUUUUGCUGCGUGACCGGACACACCUUUAUUUAUCAAGGGACACCCGGGGUUCAAUUUGAUCAGGUAUAAAAACAAACUUGGCCGUGUGAUAAAUCUUUUCUUUCGUUUUACUGCUUCGUCCGAAGUUCCACUAACCCCGAACUCACGUUGGCAGCAAUGUGAUAAACGGCAAUCGCCCUUUUCUAAUAGGAGUGGCUAAUUCUCGCCUAAAAUAAAGCAAAAUGUUAACGA